GCCUCAUUCACUUCGUCUCGUGUCGUCGCAUGGCCAAAGAAUAGAUGAGUGCGGACAUUGCUUCAGCAUUGACAGCUAACCCUCCGUGCUGUCGGAAAGUUCGGUCUACGCAAACUUGAGUUGCCAUGCGGCGUUCAUUGUACUACCCCCACGUCGCCUGCCUCGCGGCACAAGCUUAUGGCGAUAGCUUAGUUGACUGCAGUGGUAUACGUACCAAAACUAAGUACACAACGACAUCCGUGGGGGUACAUCAUACUGGUCAAAUACUACUGACAUCGGAAGGACAUCCACUCAGGCUGGCAGGCUUGAGAUGAUCUCG